ACCGGACCGGCCGGGGAGCGCGCAGGUGAGCGGCCGGGAGCCGGCGGCAGCGGCGGGAUGUCGGGCAGGAAGGACUGGUCGGCGCUGUCCAGCCUGGCCCAGCAGCGGAGCCUGGAGGACGAGGAGGAGCAGCGGCGGGAGCGCCGGCGCCGCCACCGGAACUUCAGCUCCGCGUCCGAGGACGAGCAGGCGGCCCGGUCCGCCCCGCCCGCCCCGCCCACCCCCCACGGCGGGCGGCCGGCCUCCGACAGGCUGCCCAGCGUGGAGGAGGCCGAGGUGCCCGCACCCCCGCCCGCGGCCCCCGAGGAUGAGGCCGAGGAGGUGCAGGCCAUCCUCAGGACGCGGCGAGAGCGGAGGCAGCGGCGGCAGGGGGCGGAGGCCGCCCAGGCCCCCCUCGGCGAGCGGCUGGAGGCCCAGGAGGGCGCAGGGGACAGCCCGGGGCCGUCCCUCACCCCCGCGCCCCGCAGACUGAGCCGGGAGCAGCAGGCACCGCGGGCCCCGGCGGAGGAGGGCGUGGCCCCCCGAGAGCCCGGGGCCAGGCGGAGGGGGGUCCCGGAGAAGCCCCCGGCCGCAGAGAAGCAGCCCCCCGGCCCGGAGAAGAGGCCGGGCCCCGAGGAGACCCCCGUCCCCGAGCGGAGGUUGGUGCUGGCGAAGACGGACGCCUGGGAGAGAGGGCCGAGGCCGGCCAGCGGGGGGCCCCCCGAGAAGCAGCAGGCCCCCCCGGGCAAGGCGGCGGGUGCGGAGAGGGGACGGGUGUCGGAGAAAGCACAGAUCUUCGAGAGGGCGAGGGUCUCCGAGACAACGAGGGUCCCCAGGAGGACCAUGGAGCAGCCCCAGGCCGGGGAGCAGCCCCAGGCCCGGGAGAAGCCUCCGCCCAAGAAGAAGGAGGAGCAGCCUCAGCCUGGGGAGCAGCCUCGGCCCAAGGAGAAGCCUCACCCCAAGGAGCAGCUGCAGCCCAAGGAGAAGCCUCAGCAUCAGGAUCGGCCUCGCCCCAAGGAGAAACCUCAGCCGGAGGAUGAGCUGAAGCCCGAGGAGAAGCCUCAGCCCGAGGAUCGGCUUCGGCACAAGGAGAAGCCUCAGCCUGGGGAUGAGCCUCCGCCAGAGGAGCAGCCUCAGCCUAAGGAGAAGGCCCAGGAAAAGCAGCCGGUGGCCGGGGAGAGCCAGAGAGCCAGGGUCCUCGGCCGCCUGCCCUCCGCAGAGCCGGGGGUGUGCACCCCUCGCACCGUGGCCUCCCGCCUCCCGCCCAUCACCCUCCAGGUGAAGAUUCCCAGCAAGAAGGAGGAGGAGGGGGAGGAGGAGGAUGACGCCUUCUCGCCCGCCGGGACCACCUACAGCAGCUCCCUCCGCAGGUCCAGCCCCCGGACCAUCUCCUUCCGGAUGAGUCCCCGGAUCAACAACGCGGAGUCCACCCUCACCCGCAGUGCCAGCGUGAGGCUCCCGGUGAAGUUAGGCGAGAAGCUGGAGCGAUACCACACGGCCAUCCAGCGCUCCGUGUCCGUCAAGGCCCCCGGCUCCGCCCGCACGGAGGUCUUCGUGGCGCCCGUGGGCGUGGCCAGCCGGCGGCACCUGUUCGAGAAGGAGCCGGGGGCCCCGGGGGGCCGGGAGCCGGGCCGGGCAGAGCCCGCCAGCCGCAGGGACAACCUGAAGCUCUCGGGGGUGGUGACCUCUCGGCUCAACCUGUGGAUCAGCCGGACUCAGGAGUCGGGGGACCCGGACCCCCCGGAGGCGAAGAAGGAGGUGGCGGCCACCAGUCGGACCUCGUGGGUGAAGAGAGGGGGCUCCACCAUGGAUGCCGAGGUGAGGGCGACGGAGGGGGCGCCCCACACCCCUGGCCUGCCCUGUGCCCGCCCCUCGCCCGCCCCUCGCCCGCCCCGGCCCCGCACACACUAACUGGCCUGCAGUCGCCCAGUCCGAGUACCCAGAAUGCCUUGGUCCUGCUGUCAGGCUGGGGUGCCCCAACCACAAGCCCCGGCAGAGGCCCAGUUGGCUGCACCCCCUUAUCCCUGAGAGCUCUGCUC